CAAGAUGACGUACUGGUAUACUAUUAUACUAUACUAAAACUUAAAACAUAUCGUACAUGUCAAUACUAUUGAUAUACUAUUUAUAUUAUAAUUUUAAAUAGUUCACGUUGUUGUAGUUUAUUUUGCUGUACACGAUGUAAACUGUUCUGAAACACGUUCUCUUGUGUGUUGCAGAGGCUACGUUCUGCAUUUAUAAACAGUCAUUUGGGAAAUUAACGUACGCACUACGUGGAAGGGUAGGAAAUUGACAAUUCAGCAGAAAUAUCGUCCUUAGAAUAUGGACCUUGCUUGUUGAUCUCCACGGCCAAGUACCCUUGUUUUGUGGUUUUUGAAGAAAGAAAAAAAAAAAGAGGUAACGACUGGCAUUUGGAUUUCAGAAGUUUCUAAUACGUUGACAGGUUCUAAUAUGGGAAUGACCAGUGGAGAUGAAGGGUCUGAGGGCCUUGAGGAACACAUCUACUGCUGUAGUGCAGCGACAGAAGUGCUGAAGUUUGGGCAACUUGAUCUACAUCACACCAGCGACCGUGAAAGCUCUGCAAAUGUGCUUUUCCUAAUUAUACCAGGGAACCCAGGGAUUGUGGGCUACUACAAGACCUUCAUGCAAGCCUUGUACCAGAUGUUGGACCACAAAUAUCCAGUUUGGGCUGUAAGCCAAGCCGGGCACUGUGUACCUCCAGACAGCAUGGAAAUGAUGGAAGAUACCGACGUCAUAGAGUUGGAGGAUGUCUUUGGACUGAAUGGACAAGUUGAACACAAACGGGCGUUCCUGAAGCAUCAUGUACCCAGAAACAUAAAGCUUGUGCUGAUUGGCCAUUCCAUUGGGUGUUACAUUAUACUGGAAAUGAUGAAAAGGGAUCCAGAACUUCAGGUUCUGAAAUCUGUGCUACUUUUCCCAACUAUAGAGCGAAUGGCAGCGUCUCCCCAAGGCAAGCUCAUGACUCCUGUGCUGUGCAAUCUGCGCUACGCUGUGUACAUCCCCAUCUACUUUCUCUCCUUCUUGCCAGAGAGCAUCAAAGCCUCCAUGGUGAGGUUGGUGCUGCGAGGCCUGCAGUUCCUGGAUGAAUCUUCUAUACCUGCUUCUGUAACCCUGUUUAGUGUGGACUGUGUAGCAAAUGCCAUGUAUCUGGGAAGUCAAGAGAUGGUGCAAGUUAUGGACAGAGAUAAUCCAACAAUCGAAAAAAAUCUAGACAAGAUAAUCUUUUAUUAUGGCUCUAAUGAUCACUGGUGCCCACAGAAGUAUUAUGAAGACAUAAAGAAGGAUUUCCCAGAAGGUGACAUUCGACUGUGUGAGAAAGGAAUUCGCCAUGCCUUUGUACUGGAUGCCAGCAAGGAAGUGGCAUCAAUGCUCACGGACUGGUUACGUGCAGACCUUACCAUCUUGUAGCACCACCAUAGUGGAAGCCUUGCUCGUUUCAGUUCCUGCGCUCCAGGCAUCCCUGUAAAAAAACAAUACACACAAAACAUGUGGUUAUCAAACCUGAUGUUCAAACCACACAAACUGUUUCUGUGUUUUCAGAGCAAGCAAAGAACUGGCUUGUUAAAAAAAAAAAUCAAGCAUUCUUACAUUGAAAAGAAAUGGCCUACAGUUUAGCAAAGGGAUUAUUUUAAUAUUUCAAGGUUAGUUUUAAAUGUUGUUUUGCAAUAUAUUAUAUUCAAAAACAAUAUGAUGAAAGACAAUGUCCAGUAUGCAAAUGUUAGAUACCAAUCGAUCAUUCAUAUUAAGGAUAUUUGUAUUGAAUUUUGUGUAUGUUUUUUAUAGGUGUGUACAAAAACGCAAAUAUCCCAAUGUAUCCAAAUAUGUGAUCAAUACAGUUCACAACUGAUGUCAGCUUCAGAUCUGUGACAGAAAUUGUGUCUUGUAUUAUUAUCUUUAAUGCAAAUCUGAAUGGAAUGAAAACAAACUUAUGUAAAAAUUUUUAGGUUUUACUGUAAGUCAGCAUUUACCCACCAAAGACAAGGAAGAAAGGCAAACACGUUUACAGUUAAAAAGAAUGAACGGGGAAUGUAGCAGACAUCUACUGAAACACCAUUGCCUUUGCAUCAAUGAAAUACAUGCAUUAACACACACUGCAUGAAUUCUCAUAUAUAAACUGUUUUUUUUUUUGUUUUUUUUUUUUUAAAUUAACUUAAAAAGUUAAACAUAUAUGAAUAUUUUAGUUAAAUUACUCAGGUUGUUUGUUGGAGAUAUGGUAUGUGAGUAGGACUCCAGGCCUUUGACACCACUGUAUAUUAAGAUUAAAUUUGUUUAACUUGUUUUAAAUUGAUUAAAAAAAAUAAAAAAAAGAACUAAAACAACAAAAAAGAU